AGCACACCGGGAGUGGCGGGACAGAGGGUUCACCAGCAGCCGGGGCGGGUUUUAUGAAUGAAGAGCUGCCCCUGCUGCCAUCCCCACGCCCCCUCCCCCGGCUCCUCCCUGCUGCCUUCAGCCUCCAGCCUCCAGGUGCUUUGGGUUUGCUGGGGGCAAUGAGCUGGAGGCUGCUGGGCUGGCGGCAGGGUGGGCUCGUCACCGCUGAGAUCCUACAGGCUCCUUGGCUGUUGACAGUGGAGGUGGCAUCCUAGUACUGGACCAUGGUACUGUGAGGGUGACAUCCCCCUCCCCAGCUGCAGAACACCAGGAUGCACACUGCCCCUGGCCACAGGCUGCUCCUCACCGUGAUCCUCCUCUGCCUCCUCCUGCAUCAGCCAGGCAGCAGCAAGGCAUGUAAGCAGCAUGUCCCACGCCUUCGCCUUGCCUACAAAGAUCUGCUGAAAUCCAACAGCUCUCACCUGUUGCUGGCCUCAGGGAACAGGUUGGAUUUCCAAGCCCUCUUGGUAGAUGAAGACAGGGCCUGGCUGAUGGUGGGAGCCAAAAACCACAUCUUCCUCCUCCACCUGGACCAUCCCAGCAGAGAGCCUGAGAAGAUUUUCUGGCCAGCCUCCAAGGAGCAGGUUGAGCAUUGCCAGCUAGCAGGGAAGAAUGUGGAGACGGAGUGUGCCAACUUCAUCCGCCUUCUCCAGCCCUUCAACAGGAGCCACGUGUUUGCCUGUGGGACUGGCUCCUACCAGCCUGUCUGUGCCUUCAUCCAGCUGGGAGCCAGGGGGAAGGGUCCCAGGGCUCCCUCCAUGCAGUUGGUGACCCACUCCUUGGAGUCAGGGAGAGGACGGUGCCCAUACAGCCCCCAUGAACCCUUCACAGGACUCCUCAUUGAUAGGGAGCUGUAUUCGGGCACCUCCAGUGACUUCAUGGGCAGCAGUGCUGCCUUCUUCCGGACCUGGGUCCAUGGAGCCGAGCAGAGCUACAUCCGGACAGAGCAGAACCAGGACCACUGGCUACAUGAGCCUGCAUUUGUCAGUGCCUAUGCCAUCCCUGAUACCUACAAUCCUCAUGAUGACAAGGUCUACAUCUUCUUCCGUGAGACAGCCAUGGAAGCUGGGCAGUGGGAGAGGCGGCACAUCCAUGCCAGGGUAGCCCGGGUCUGCAAGCAGAACGAUGCUGGAGGGAAACGCAGCCUCAUCAACCGCUGGAGCACAUUCCUCAAGGCCCGCCUGGUGUGCUCCAUCCCCGGGCCCCAGGGUACUGAGACCCACUUUGACCAGCUCGAGGAUGUUUUCCUCCUGCGCACCCGGGACCCCCAGAACCCCCUCGUCUUUGGCCUUUUCACAGUCUCCAGUGGUGUCUUCAGCGGCUCUGCUGUCUGCGUCUACUCCAUGGCUGCUGUGAGAACUGCCUUCAGUGGCCCCUUUGCACACAAGGAGGGAUUCGACUACCGUUGGGUAGAAUACAAGGGCCGUGUCCCCUAUCCCCGUCCUGGCACGUGCCCCAGUGAGACAUAUGACCCCCUGCUGCGGUCCACCAAGGACUUUCCCGACGAGGUGAUCAGCUUCAUGCGCACUCACCAGCUGAUGUGGGAGCCUGUGUACCCGCAGGGCCGCCAGCCUGUCCUGGUGAGGGUCAACGUACCUUACCAGCUGCGGCGGCUGCUGGUGCACAGGCUGGAGAUGGAGAGCCAGCACUAUGAUGUGCUCUUCCUUGGCACAGAUGAAGGUAAAGUCCUGAAGGUGGGGCUGGCUGGUGGAGUGAGCCGUGGCACUGAGGUGAUCAGCCUGGAGGAGCUCAGUGUCACUAAGGUGCCUUCUCCCAUCUUGGACAUGAAGUUAUCACCAAAGCAGCAGGAGCUGUUUGUGAGCAGCACACAUGGGCUGCUCCAGCUCUCCCUGUACCGCUGCGAGCUCUAUGGCAAAACCUGCGCUGACUGCUGCCUGGCCAGGGACCCGUACUGCACCUGGGACAGCAAGACCUGCGCCCCACAUCUGCUUACCAAGAAGAGGCAUGCCCACUGCCAGGACAUGCUGAAGUCUGAUCCACUCAGCCAGUGCCCGGACACCACAGAGGGGACCACUGCCAUGGUGAAGAUUGUUUAUGGGGUGGAGAAGAACUCAACCUUUCUUGAGUGUCUGCCGCACUCCCCACAGACAACUGUCCGGUGGCUGGUGCGGCAUGGUGAGGAGACAGGCCUGAGUGAGGUCAGGAACAAUGGCCACUUCUUGGUGCUGGAGCAAGGGCUGCUGAUCCGUCAGCUGACGAGGGAGGAUGUGGGCACCUAUGAGUGCCAGGCAGUGGAGCACUCUUUCUCAUGGCCCCUCACCCAAUACAGCCUCCAUGUCAUCAGGCAUGAGGCCAUGGAGGUGCCUCCUUACAAACAGAGCAAGGGGGCUGAGCUGGGACGGACCCACCAGAGCCUCCAGCCCCAGAUUGACCUGCACCCAGGCUACAAGGGCUUCCCGUGGGCCCUGGGGGCACCGGGCACCAGCCUGGAUGUCUACUGCAAUGCCCUGCGGCACCAGGAAAGGCAGCGGCAGAAAGCCUGGCACCAAAAGUGGCAGCAUCCAUCCCCAAACAGCAAGAACGGUCGGGUGCGGAGGCACCCCCAGCCCCUGUGAGGGAGCUGGGGCCCUCUGCAGCUCCCUUCCUGGUCUCUCCAGGGCCCUCCUUGCAUGCAGGCAUCAGCUCCAAGACACCUCUCAGCAGCUUCCUGUGCAGAAAUGCCUCGCUGUUACUACCUCAAACCCUGCCAGUCCCUGCUGCCUCUCCUUGCACCCCACAGGGCACACCAGACUGAGGGCGUGCAGCCCGCACCGGUUCUCCAAGACUCAAAGCUAUUUACACACCCUGCAGAAUAUUUAUUCUCCUUGUUUUCCCCUGGCCCUUAAUGAUGAUCAUUAUCAGCAGCAAUAAUGAGCACUGAGAACAGAGAAGGGAAAUGGCCAGUGCUCACAAAUGGUUCCCUAACACCUGGUGGCAUCCAGCCCACCAUGGACACCCAGCACCCAGCCACCCUCCCCUCUGGAGGCAGCAGACUCCUCACUGCAGCCCUGGCAGUGUGGUGGGGUGUUCCCCUGGGCAGCUGCGGAGAUGCCAGCAGAGCCCAAAUGCUGCUGGAGGCAGUGGGGCAUGGCUGCUUGCUGACCUUGGGCUCGGCAACGGGGCACCUCAGCGUUGCAGAGAUGCCCAUGCCCAGCCCAGCUCUGAUCCACUUCAAAUCACACAGCUUUUUAAAAUUUUGACAUUUAUUUUACUAAAAAAAAAAAAGGAGAGAGAAACGACAGGCAGUUAUACCAACUUACAAUUUAUUUUUUUUUUUAAAAAUGACAUGAAACACAAGUAAAAAUAAAUACAUCAUAUAAACAACAAAUUGUUCAAAGUCUCUGCUCUGGGAGAUCAGGCGAGCACACCCCGUUCAACAGAGAGGAGGGAAGCACAUGAUCAUGCGUUGGGCCAACCGAUGGACCCACCCUGCUAGCGAUACUCUCCUUUCCAACCACAAAAAGACAGGCCACAAACUAAGGUCGUAGUAAAAAAGAAAAGAAAAAAAAACCCAACCCGAACCCCAAAACAACAUAAAAUCCAAAAUGAGACUCAGCAAUGGAUCCCUUCAGGCUCUUGUGGAUCUGCCAGAGCCUCCAGCUCUGUGCCCUGUGCCACCAAGGUGGGAACCACAAAGCAGCAGUGCAGCCACAGGUGGCAGUGGUGGGCCAGGAGGUGGCAGAGGUUGCUCUUGCACUGUCAUCCCUCUGAAGGGAGUGGUUGCUCUACUAGAGUUGCAGGGAGCCAUCAUCCCCGCUGUAACCUAGCUAGACUAUGCUCCCCUUUUAAUCUCUGCCCCCUGCCCUGCCCUCCACCCCGGUCCUUCCAAGACUAAAUUCAUCCCAGAGUGGUGAGAAACACCAGCUGUGAAGGUAGUUGCUGUACUUGUCCCAUUUGGCCUGGAAGCCAUCCACAAACCAACAGCAAUUCUCUUGCAUUCCACCAUUUGCUGCUAUCAUUAAGCCAAAAUAUACAUAAUUUCUAGGGAAGCCCCAUGGAAAUCCCAUCCUUUGCUUGCCAGAAUAUUUGCUUUCUGUGAGUACCUGCAUCCACCCCACCAACCUCCCAGGCAUUUGGAGGGGUGCAUGGGGAAACGUGUAGUGGAUCCUCCACAGGCCAGGCUGGGCUGUGUUGCCCCCACCCUGCAGCCUCCCACGAUGCCCCAAAAGCCGCACUAGCAGGCAGGCAACAAGACCCCUGAGACCAGGGCACACAGUAGCCACAGCCCUCCCUGUGCCAUCAUGUCCUACAGCAGUACGCAGCCUUUGCCAAACUGUCCCCAGGACUGGAAACCUCCCACCUAAGAGAAGGGCUGAGGGCUGGGUGCCAACAUGGAAGGCAGCUGACCCACCCAAGGGCCCUGCGGCUCUGCCCCAGCCUCUGGGUUGUGCUCAGAAAUCUACCUUAGUGUCCAAAAAACUCAGCAGAGUGUCCUGCACUGCUGUUCUCAGUGUCACCCGCAGCCCUGGCGCCAACUGGCAGCUACUUCUAUCCAGUCAUUUAGAAACAGAAAUUCAGCAGCAAAGAAAAAUUUAACCCAUGCAGGGAAAGCCCCUGUUCCAGGCUCAGGAAAACUAAGAGGGGACCUUCUGCAGCAGAGCAAGAAAAAACUAACCCCUGCAAGGAAAGCCACUGUUACAGGCUCAGGAAAACCAAGACCGGGCCCUCUGCAGCAGAAGCACCUGCUGAAGAGGUGAAAAGCCUGGGGAGGGAAGAUGAGGGGAAGAGGGAGUCCCACAGGAGAGGAGUUUUAGGGCACAGGGAGGUCCCCCACUCAGAAAGUAGGGUUACCCUGGAUUACCCACAUGCUUUUGCAGCUGGGGUGGGGAAAGUCCCACUGCAGGACAGUGGGUGCCUCCGGCCACACCUUAGAGCAGCCCCAGUUGCUGCCCAUCCCCAGGAGAGCCCCAUGGUCAGGGCGUCACAGUUAUCUCUGCGACCACCUCUCAGCUGAGGCUCAGACAGGGCCCAGGGGACACGGCCCCUCAUUAAGGGGGUGCUCAGGGCUGGUACAUGGAGCAGAGAGCUGCCGCACUGCCCUGCCGUGCUCAGGGAGGGUGGCUGGGGAUCCACUUGUGCACUUGCUGAGCAGGAACACCAUGCUGCAGCUGCCCAGACCCAUGGAUGUUUGCCAGCGAGAAGCAGCUCCUUGCAGCAGGUCGCAUCCAGGGGCAGCCACCCCACGGAGGGGCAGUGAGUGGUCUCCAAGCCACCACAGCCAUGCAGGAGCUGGGAGAGCCCUCACACCUCACACUGGUCCCAGGAAGUUAUGGCCAACCUGUGGCACAAAGCACAUGCCCUGCGGAAGCUGAGCACCUGCUGACUCCAGUUGCUAUGGCCACAUGGCUUGGGCUAUGCUGGGGAACCCAAGGAGGACAGUGGACAGCAGCAUAGGAAUGUGCCGGGGCCUGCUCAGGAAGCCCCAGGUGCUCUCCUGGAGAUGCAAGGAGCAGAAAAAAAUGGCGUGCAGUGACAGGGUCCACAUCCAGAGCUACAGUGCAGACUGCCCCCAGCCAAAUCUUCAUGCCUCAUUCCAGCACAGAGCCACAGAAAAAUCCCGUUCCAAGAGGACUCGGGAGAGUCCCUUGGAUGAACCCCACUACCCUGACCACCACCAGUGAGGACUGGGGCUGCAGCAGGACUCUGGUCAAGGUCUGUUCACACUCCCACCUCCCCCAUGUGUGCACAGGUCUCAAUGUUUGCUACUCUCAAAAAGCAAAGCCCUUGACUAGGUCCAUUCCCCAAAUCCACAGGAAAACUGACAGCCUCACAGGGAUGCAACGGACAUCUGGGCAAGCUUGUCAUACAAUCAGUGUCACAGGGUUGUGCAUGAGGUGGACACACAGAGCACAGGAGGGCAUGACUCACAGACGCAGCACUGUCAAGUCUUUGGAGAAACUUGCAUGAACACCAUCAGUUAAUUUGCUUUGUUACUUUUGUGGGGGGGUUUGAUUUUUAUUUCCAUGGUGCAUCCAAAGACAAGUUGUCCAGCAGUUUGCUCAGAACCCCUCGGUUUUCAACUCCUAGGAUAUGUUAAAGAAGAAAGCACUAUUUUAAUGUUUGGUUUUGUUAAAAAAAUAAUUAAAAUAACUUGCAUAGCUAAACUGUU